UCCCCACUUUAGAGUGAGCUGCAAGCUGACCCUGAGGAGCAGCAAAAUCCCAUCAGGGAGAAAAGAGACAUGAAAACAAUUGUGUGGAUAGUACACUAGAGGAACUUGAAGCUAGGACCCAGGUUCUCUUCAAUAAGAAGAGCUGAUCAAAGCCGCAGCCCGGAUUACUGAUUGAGGACAGCAUAUUUACUGAAAGGGUCCAAGAAAAUAAUAAAACAUUUAAACCAAAGCUGUUGGGAGUGGUCAUCAGCCGAUUUGGGGCAAGAUUUCACCAGUAUGCCAAUGACAUCCAGUUCUUUUUCUUUGCAACAUCUGAUUGGGUAGUGGCCAUGCACUUUCUGAACCAGUGCCUGGAUGCAGUUACAGCUUGAAUGAGGGCCAACAGACUGAAACUGAAUCCCGAUAAGAUAGAGACUUUGUGGUUGGUGGUUCUCAGCCACAGAUACUAUGCCAAGUAUCCUCUCUUCAUUCAUGUGUCCCCUCGUCCUCCUCUGCCUAUUGGCCUCAAGUUCUGCCUCUGAAGAUGACACUGUGGUGGUGACCAGCAGUGGCUCUGUUAAAGGCAAGCAAGUCCCGGCUGGCUCUGGCUCUGUGACGGCCUAUCUGGGCAUCCCCUAUGCUGAGCCCCCUGUGGGGAAACUGCGUUUCCAGAAGCCCCGCCCACAUCAGCCAUGGAGCCAUAUCUUGGAGGCCACCACCUAUGGCAACUCUUGUCCCCAGGAACAUAAAUAUAGCUUCCCUGAUGAACCUGUAUGGGCACCCAACACCCCACUUUCCGAGGACUGCCUCUUUCUCAACAUCUGGGUGCCCCAUCCACGGCCCUCGAUGCCAGUUCCUGUCCUGGUUUGGAUCUAUGGUGGUGGGUUUAUCACUGGCACAGCCUCACUAGAUAUCUACAAUGGAGCAUUCUUAGCUGCUACAGAGAAUGUCAUUGUGGCCUCCAUGAACUACCGCUUGGGGGUUCUGGGUUUUCUGUACUUUCCACCAGAUGCUCCAGGAAAUGCUGGCUUGUGGGACCAAUGGUUGGCUCUGAAGUGGGUCAAGGAGAACGCAGCGGUCUUUGGCGGUGAUCCAGCUUUGUUGACUCUCUUUGGCCACAGUGCUGGAGGAGUUUCAGUGGGUUACCAUCUGCUGUCACCAGCAAGCCAACCCCUUUUUGCCAAUGCUGUGAUUCAGAGUGGAGCUGUCACUGCUUACUGGGAUUGGAAGAAUCCUGAAGAAGCCAAGUCGAAUGCCCUAAUUAUAGGCACCAAGUUGGGGUGUUCUGAGCAAAAUCAUAGUGCUUUGGUGAGCUGUCUACAGGGGAACAAUAUUGGGCACACAGAGUUUUACAGGCUGAAUGGCCUCUUCUCAGUGACAACGGAUGGGGACUUCCUCCUCAAUGAUCCCUGGGAGCUUCUGGAGAGUGGAGAUGUUCAGGCUAAGCCAGUUCUCACUGGUGUCACCCUUGAUGAAGGUUCUCCUUUUCUGUUACUUUUGUUUCCUAGUGUUAUAUCAAAUGACGUUAAGCUAACCUGGGAACAGUUGGUUCAAGGCUUAAAGGCAGAAAUAAAUAUUCCAAUUGAGGAAGAUGUUGUCAAUGCUAUUGCACUGAGGUACAACGCCAGUGACUAUGGGCCAGAACGGUACCAUUUGGUCUUGUCUCAGUAUUUUACAGAUGCCCUUUUUGUGUGUGCAAUGACUGAAUUUGCUUCCAAGUUGGCAGAAGCUGGGAAUCCUGUGUAUGUUUAUUCCUUCAAGCUCCACACACCUGGCGCUGGGUGGCCUGAGUGGUCAGGGACACCCCAUGGAGCAGAGGUGCCUUACCUGUUUGGAACUUUGGCAACCGUGCUGGGAACAAACCAAUCAGAGGUUGACGUUGCACUGAGUCACAAAGUGAUGAGAUACUGGGCAGAGUUUGCCAGAACUGGGAAUCCCACUGGUUCCAAACCCAAAGAGGAACAGUGGCCACUCUACAGUUCUACUGAGCAGAAACUCUUCCACAUCAGUGCGGAGGCACCCCAGGUCAAACGGUUAUCACCUGACCCACCGUGUGAUUUCUUGGCAACACAUGUUUUCCAUGCAAACCACUCACAGAAAUCCAAAGUAGAGUCUUCUCCACCCAUUUUGGAGAAAGAUCUGAAGAAUGAGACAAGAACUUAAAAGAGUGGAAUGCAAAAGAUCUUGUGUCAAUUGCAAAUGAUUAUGGUUCUCUGUACAGGUCAGAGCAGGACCUUGACAAAAUGGAAGGGACUCCGGUAUAAAUACAGACUUGGGGGGGGGGAUCUACACUACUGCUUUAAGGUGCUUUAUAACAGUUUUGACAACUUUUGGGGCCCAGGACACACUGCAAAUUCAGGUUUCAAAAUGUUUUCAAAGUGCUUUAAAGCGUUUUAAAAGCAGUAGUGUAGAUCCCCCCUUGUUCUAGUAGAGGUCACCUGGACCCACAAUUUUAGAACUGCACCCCAUUUCCUGCAUUACAUUUAUAGAUGUAUAAUAAU